AAGACCAUGCAGUAUCUCCAACAGGCAGAAGUCCUGAAGGCUGAAAUGACAGAUUAUGAGCUGGAUCCAGCUGAGGUCUCAACAUCCAGGCAAGCUCUACAGGACUUGUAUCAGAAAAUGCUAGUUAUUGAUCUGGAAUAUGCUUUAGACAAGAAAGUAGAACAGGAUCUAUGGAAUCAUGCCUUUAAGAAUCAGAUCACAAUACUACAAGGCCAAGCAAAGAACCGAGCAAACCCAAAUUGGAGCGAAGUCCAGGUAAACCUUUCUGUGUUCCUGGAAGCAGCUACUGGCUUCUAUACUCAGUUACUACAGGAAUUGUGUAUGGUGUUUAAUGUAGAUUUGCCUGGCCGUGUGAAGUCGUCCCAACUGGGAAUUAUUAGUAAUAAACAGAUGCACACCAGCUCCAUAGUGAAGCCACAGACUAGAUCGUGUGCCUACAUUUGCCAACACUGCCUCGUUCACCUUGGAGACAUUGCUCGAUACAGAAACCAGACCAGCCAGGCAGAGUCCUACUAUAGGCAUGCAGCCCAGCUUGCCCCCUCCAAUGGUCAGCCUUACAAUCAGUUGGCUAUCUUAGCUUCUUCCAAAGGUGACCACCUGACCACAAUUUUCUACUACUGCAGAAGCAUUGCUGUGAUGUUCCCUUUCCCAGUCGCCUCCACUAAUCUACAGAAAGCACUUUCUAAAGCACUGGAAACCCGGGAUGAUUUGAAAACCAAGUGGGGUGUUUCUGAAUUCAUCAGUGCUUUUAUUAAAUUCCACGGUCAUGUAUAUCUGAGUAAGAGUUUGAAAAAUUUGAGACCUUUUCGAGAGAAGUUGGAAGAACAGUUUAAGAGGCUGGUGUUCCAAAAAGCUUUCAACUCUCAGCAGUUAGUUCAUAUCACUGUCAUUAACGUGUUUCAACUUCAUCAUCUUCGUGACUUUAGCAAUGAAACAGAGCAGCAUAGUUAUAGCCAAGAUGAACAGCUAUGUUGGAAACAGUUGCUGUCCCUUUUCAUGGCUUUUCUUGGCAUCCUGUGCAAAUGUCCUCUCCAGAACGAUUCUCAGGAGUCCUACAAUGCCUAUCCCCUUCCUGCAGUCAAGGUCUCCAUGGACUGGCUAAGACUUCGACCUAGAGUCUUUCAAGAAGCAGUGAUGGGUGAAAAACAGUACAUUUGGCCCUGGCUAGUUUCUCUUCUAAAUAGUUUCUAUCCCCAUGAAGAUGACCUUUCAACUACUAAUUCCAUACCACUUCCAGAGGAGUUUGAAUUACAAGGAUUCUUGGCUUUAAGACCUUCUUUCAGGAACUUGGAUUUUUCCAAAGGCCAUCAGGCAAUUUCAGGGUACAAAGAAGUUCAACAGAGACAAAUAAGACAGCAUCGUUUGAUCUCUAUAGGGAAAUGGAUUGCUGACAAUCAGCCACAGCUGAUUCAGUAUGAAAAUGAGGUAGGGAAAUUGUUAUUCAUCACAAAAAUUCCAGAAUUAAUACUAGAAGAGCCCACUGAAGCUAAAGAGAACCUCAUCUUGCAAGAAAUAUAUCAGAUAGAGUCACUAACAACAGAUGGCAACCCAGAACUGAAGUCAGGGCUGUCUGCAGGCCUAAAUCCAAGCAACAGCUGUGACACAGGAGAGAAACCAGUGAUAACAUUCAAUGAGAACAUUAAGCCCGGAGAAGUGAAUAGAGACCAAGGAAGAAGCUUUCCUCUCCAAGAGGUAAAAUCCCAGACAGAACUAAAAAAGACUCUGGUGUCUAACACCGGGAAAAUACCUGUCACUCAAAUUCCAAGUCAGACAAAUAAUUCUCAGUUCAUCCUCAUUCAUCAUCCUGAAGCCUUCCCUCCUCUUCCCUGCCGACCAGGUUUCCCACAACCAACAUAUCCUACCCCCCAUCCUGCAUCAUGUUCUAUGGGCUCAGAUUACACCUUCCCAGCUGGUGUUUCUGUGCCAGGAUCCUUUCUUCAAUCUAAUGCUCACUCUCCAGAAGGAAACAAGGUGCAAGGUGGAAAACAGUCCCAUGCUCCUUACAGUCAGCAAAGGCACUGUGGACGAAGGCCAAUGAACCAGGGACCUCAACAAUGAGAGCCACCUUCCCAGCCACCCCUUACACCUCUACGAGCUCAGCCAAAGGCAGAAUCUACAAGCCAAAUGCAGGUUCAAGCUCUAGUUCAGCAACAACUGUCCCAUACAAAAGUCAUGACUCUGGAUUCUAGCAGUAUCAACAGGCAGAUGCCUCCAAACAUCUCCACAGAUGUCCCACUCAGAAGGGACACAUUCUUGUGA